AUGUGGUAUCAAAUACCAAAGAGUAACUCACUUGAAUCUGAAAGGCAAGAGAUUCCUUCUGAACUGGGAUCACUUUCAAAGCUCACCAAACUGCACUUAGGAAGCAACAAUCUGAGUGGAAGUUUCCCAGCUUCACUUGGGAAUCUUACAUAUUUGCAAGAGCUGAAACUGUCAUAUAACCAGUUGAAGGGAAAACUUCCAGACUCAUUGUCACAAAUGAGAAGUUUGACACUGAUUGAUUUAUCAGUCAAUCAACUUUGUGAGUUCCCUCUUCCGCUCUACAAUUUGUCAUCACUUAAAGGAAUAGGCCUGUCCUAUAACUACUUCUUGGGUAAUCUGAGAAGCAAUAUCGGUGAUGCUUUUCCAAAAGCAGAGAAGAUCAACUGGGGAAUGAAUUCAUUCACUGGAACAUUUCCAGAUUCAUUUGCCAAUGCUUCAAAUCUUCAAAUACUUGAUCUUCCAGGCAACAAUUUUACUGGAAAUGUACCUGCAAGUUUAGGAAAGGUGAAGAACUUAAGGUGGCUCAACGUUAACGGUAAUCAGUUGGGGAGUGAUGAACUUCAUCAGUUCCCUGGCCAACUGCAGCAACCUACAGUACUUGCUUUUGGCCCACAACCACUUUGGAGGCAUGUUUCCAAAAUCAGUAACCAACCUGUCCACCCUAUUGACAGAUGGGACAGAAUAGGAUUCGAGGGAACAUACCCAAAGAAAUUGCAAACCUCGUGA